AUGGGAAAUUCUAAAAGUACAUCAAAAUUAUCUACACUAGAAUUAAAAUCAAUUUGUGAUGAAACUGGGUUUAAUAAAGCUCAAGUUAAUCGAUUAUACCAAAGAUUUCAAGCGUUAGAUGUUUCACAAACAGGAACGUUAACAAAAGAAGAUUUUAAUAGUAUUCCUGAAUUAUCCAUUAACCCACUUGGAGAUCGAAUUAUUGAUGCUUUUUUUAGAGAUAAAGGUGAGCGUGAAGAACAAAUAACAUUUAAAGACUUUGUAACUGUUAUGGCGCAUUUUCGUCCUGUUCUUGGUAAAAAAAAUGAUGGAAUAAACAGUCGUCGUGAAAAACUGCGAUUUUCCUUUUCGAUGUUUGAUUUAAAUAAAAAUGGAUUCAUCACAAGAGAAGAGUUUAAAGUUAUUUUAAAUAUGAUGGUAGGAAAUAAUAUUACAACAGAUCAACUAGAAUGUAUAGCUGAUCGUACGAUAACAGAAGCUGAUACAAAUAAUGAUGGCAAAAUAUCAUUUGAAGAGUUUUGUAAAGCAAUGGAUAAGACAGACAUUGAACAACGAAUGUCUAUUCGAUUUAUAACUACUGUAAAGUUUAAUUUUACAUAA